AUGAUUGUUUGACGCAUAACUGAUUCCGAUCGACGUGCAGAGCAGUGAGAGAGCGAAAAGGGCAGGUGUCAACUAGCGAGCCUCUGUUGCAAAAAAAAAAGGAUUCAUUUCAUUACCAGCUUUACUUUUCGACCCGACGAAUAGGAUCGCUACUUGUGUUGUUUUCUAUACGCCUUUCGUUGUCUUACUACGGCACCUGCACUCACUCACUCGACUAUUACUUUUUUUAAGAAUAAAAAAACAAAAAAGGAAAGAAAGAAAAAAGAAGCCCUCGCAGUGAGUGACCUAUGUCCCUUUCCGCAUCUCAGACACCCACCCUCAAAGCCUAGGCUGAAAGUAAUUAAAACGAUGAGUGGAGCUGUUCUUGUUGCUGUUGCAGCUGCCAUCGGCAACUUACUGCAAGGAUGGGAUAAUGCGACUAUAGCAGGAUCCAUCUUGUACAUAAAAAAGGAGUUUCAAUUAGAAAGUGAACCCACAGUUGAAGGUCUAAUUGUGGCUAUGUCACUUAUUGGAGCCACCGUAGUUACUACAUGCUCUGGAGCCCUAUCAGACUUGCUAGGCCGACGUCCAAUGUUGAUCAUCUCCUCUCUUCUUUAUUUUGUUAGUUCUCUUGUCAUGCUAUGGUCUCCAAAUGUUUAUAUCCUCCUCAUUGCAAGACUUUUAGAUGGUUUGGGAAUUGGUUUGGCAGUUACCUUGGUACCUCUUUACAUAUCUGAGACAGCUCCUCCUGAAAUUAGGGGAUUACUUAAUACACUUCCACAGUUCACUGGUUCUGCCGGAAUGUUUUUCUCCUACUGUAUGGUUUUUGGGAUGUCACUCAUGAAGGCUCCAAGCUGGAGAAUCAUGUUGGGUGUUCUUUCAAUUCCUUCUCUUAUUUAUUUUGCACUCACACUCUUGUUCUUGCCCGAGUCUCCGAGAUGGCUUGUCAGUAAAGGCCGAAUGCUUGAGGCCAAGAAGGUUUUGCAGAGCCUUCGUGGAAGGGAAGAUGUUUCUGGUGAAAUGGCUUUAUUGGUUGAGGGUCUUGGAGUUGGGGUUGAUACAGCCAUAGAAGAGUAUAUAGUUGGUCCAGCCAAUGAACUUGCUGGUGAAGAGGAUCCAUCCAGAGAAAAAGAUCAUAUUAAGUUGUAUGGACCAGAUCAAGGUCAGUCCUGGGUUGCUAGACCCGUUGCUGGACAAAGUUCUGUUGGCCUUGUAUCUCGAAAAGGAAGCAUGGCUAAUCCGAGUGGUCUAGUGGAUCCUCUAGUAACCCUCUUUGGUAGUAUUCAUGAGAAGCUUCCAGAAACAGGAAGCAUGCGAAGUGCCCUUUUCCCUCACUUUGGAAGUAUGUUUAGUGUUGGGGGAAAUCAACCCAGGAAUGAAGAUUGGGAUGAAGAAAGCCUUGCCAGAGAGGGUGAUGAUUAUGCCUCUGAUGCUGCUGCCGGUGAUUCUGAUGAUAAUUUGCAGAGUCCAUUGAUCUCUCGUCAAACAACAAGUCUGGAUAAGGACAUACCUCGUGGCCAUAGUAAUCUUUCAAGCAUGAGGCAAGGUAGUCUUUUACAUGGAAAUGCAGGAGAACCCACUGGUAGUACCGGGAUUGGUGGUGGUUGGCAGCUAGCAUGGAAAUGGUCUGAAAGAGAGGGCCCAGAUGGAAAGGAAGGUGGCUUUAAGAGAAUAUAUUUACGCCAAGAUGGUGGUCCUGGUUCUACACGUGGGUCUGUGGUUUCACUACCUGGUGGUGAUUUACCAACUGAUGGUGAGAUUGUACAGGCUGCUGCUCUGGUGAGUCAGCCAGCCCUUUAUAACAAGGAGCUUAUGCAACAAGGGCCAGUUGGACCAGCUAUGAUUCAUCCGUCUGAAACUGCUGCAAAAGGGCCAAGUUGGAGUGAUCUUUUUGAACCUGGGGUGAAGCAUGCUUUGAUGGUGGGGGUGGGACUUCAAAUUCUUCAGCAGUUCUCUGGUAUAAAUGGGGUCCUCUACUAUACACCUCAAAUUCUUGAGCAGGCAGGUGUUGGUUAUCUUCUUUCUAACCUAGGCCUUGGUUCUACUUCUUCGUCCUUUCUUAUUAGUGCAGUGACAACCUUGUUGAUGCUUCCUUGUAUAGCUGUUGCCAUGAGGCUCAUGGAUAUUUCUGGCAGAAGGACUUUGCUGCUCAGUACAAUCCCCAUCCUGAUAGCAGCUCUUCUCAUAUUAGUCCUGGGCAGUCUUGUGGAUUUGGGCACCACUGCUAAUGCAUCAAUCUCAACCAUUAGUGUUAUUGUCUAUUUCUGUUUCUUUGUCAUGGGAUUUGGGCCAAUUCCUAAUAUACUUUGUGCAGAGAUCUUCCCGACUCGAGUUCGUGGUCUCUGCAUUGCCAUUUGUGCUCUUACAUUUUGGAUCUGUGAUAUUAUUGUCACCUACACACUCCCAGUUAUGCUCAAUUCUGUAGGCCUUGCUGGUGUUUUUGGUAUUUAUGCUGUCGUGUGCUUCAUAGCUUGGGUAUUUGUCUUUUUGAAAGUUCCAGAAACCAAGGGCAUGCCACUGGAAGUGAUCAUUGAGUUCUUCUCUGUCGGAGCAAAACAGGUUGACGAUACCAAGCACAACUGACCUAAGGAUGUGAUAAAUUGAAAGUUUUGACGGUACCUUCUAAUUAUUUUCAAUCUACGGCUUUGUUUGAAAUUUCUUCCUCUUUUAAAAUUUUCUUUUUCUAUUAUUCUCUCUUUUCCGUGGGUUGAGAUUGAGAAACAAGAAACUUUGUUUUUGUAAAAAAGAAAGAAAAGUUCAUUUGUCUGGUUAAUUUAUGGAAUUUUAUGUGCUUUAGUUACCCUG